AUGGCUGCUGAGGUUGCAAAGCGUUUGGUAUGUGCCCGUCCACCGACUAAAUUUGUUCAACUAGGAGCCAGAAUGUCGCACUUUAAAGCUAAAUGGCCGCGUGGGCUUUGACUGCCUGCCGGAUCAACUUGUCGAAAAAUCGAUUAACCAAGGCUUUGCUUUCAACAUCCUUUGUGUGGGUACGUUACGUUAUUUUCUAAAAAACCAUAUUUCUUCAGGAGAGACUGGCCUGGGGAAGUCGACAUUAAUUGAGACACUUUUUAAUCAGAAGUUCGACUCCACUCCCGCGUCCCAUGAUUCAACAGAGGUUAAGUUGAAGUCGACAACGUACGGUUAGUGCUUGUGAGUUUUAUGUUUCCCCUAGACCUCAAAGAGUCGAACGUGAAAUUAAAGCUUACUGUCACGGAAACCGUGGGCUUUGGUGACCAAAUAAACAAGUCAAACUGGUAUGUUCUCUCGCCGUUUUCACGCCCGUAGUGCUGACAGUGUAGUGGAAUUUCUCGAUGCUCAACACGAAAGCUAUUUACAGGAGGAGCUUAAAAUAAAGCGAGCAAUGCAUAACUACCACGACACGCGAGUGCACGUUUGCUUAUAUUUCAUCGCUCCCACAGGACACAGGUAAGACACACUGUAGUGUCUAGCCACUCCCGAGAUCGGUUAUUUUUUUAUAAAUUAUGGCUUGUUCGCCGUCAGUUUCUGGGAUGAACGUUUUUUUCUUUCACUGGAUCUUUGCUUUGCUUAAAGUCUUCAUGCUUUCUUCUCUGCAUUAUCAUUUAGGAACUAGGCCUAACUUCCCUGUCUGUCAUUUUUCUUUUUUUUCUUCAGUCUUAAGUCUGUAGAUCUGGUGGCAAUGAAGAAGCUGGAGAACAAGGUCAACAUCAUUCCUGUGAUUGCUAAAUCGGACACUAUAACAAAAGCUGAGUUGCUGAAAUUCAAAGCCCGCGUAUGUCGCACAAUAGUCUCAGUUGUUCAUCUCUUGUUAUUAGGUGAUCUCGGAAAUAAAAGCAAGUAAUAUCCAUCUCUACGAAUUUCCUACUGAUGACGAAGUAGUCAGUGAGGUGAACAAAAGCACGAAUGUAAGUUCUUGCAACCGUACGCGUUCUAUGAACCCCUGUUUGUGUUGUGAUCUUUUUGUUACCCGCUUAUAGCAUACUCCCUUUUCGGACUAACUGGCGCUGCCUCGCCAGUCUUUUGUACAGUUUACUUUGCUAAGUGAUCGCAUGCUCCUGUUUUGUAUAUCACCAAGUCCUUCAUCUCGAGUCAAGUUGCGCCAAGUCUAAUUCAGCAUGGUAACUGCCGGGAACAACAUAUUCUGCCGUCUAAUUCAACAUCCCUAUUGCCCUUUGCUGCGCCGGUUAAUGUCUUCCGUCCCUGUUCUGUUAGACGCUGUCAGCUUUAAACUCUACGCCAAUGUCCUAUACUUCUGUGGAAUCUAUUCUAGCUGCUUGUUCCAUUCGCGGUUGUGGGCAGUACGGAGGAGGCAAAAAUAAAUGGCCGAACACUUCGUGUGCGACAGUAUCCCUGGGGCUCCGUGCAAGUGGAAAACGAGGCCCACUGUGAUUUUGUGCGCCUCCGUGAAAUGUUGCUCCGCGUUAACAUGGAAGAUCUGCGCGAGCGCACGCAUGUAGUGCAUUAUGAAACGUAUCGGAAGCAACGCCUAACCGAAAUGGGCUUCAGGGACGAUGAAAAAAUUUCUCUGCAGGUGAGAAUUUGUCUUCCGACUACUUAUCUGUGCAGGUUUUGUGUAGGUCUUUUGUUAAUUCUGACGCACGCAGUUGUUUUGGCUCCGUACCACAUUGGAGCUCUUGCUAAAAAAUUCAUUUCAUUUCAAUGCUGGGUGGUACCGGCUAUUUAGUGUGCCUCGUACGUGCGUUACCCUUAUGAGCCCGAAGGCGGGGAAUGGUAUCAAUCAAAGUCAGUUAUCAUCCAUCCAUGCACGUGGGAUUAUGUCAGACGCCGACUGUUAUAGUGGAGCCUCGUCCUCCAUUUUUAUUCAUCCUUAACGCCACCAAAAUGGACGACGCUGUGGCCGGCACCAAGCAUUUCCAUUUGUGCAAAUGAGGAUGUUAACUUUGCCGCUCGGGAGUUAUACGAAAGCUGUAUUCCGACAUAAGGGCAGACCUGUCGUUUCAUCAGUGACUUGAUUUGAUGCAGUUGAGAAUGAGCAUACGGCAAUCUACUUAACAUAACCUGCGUUCUUUGAGGUUGUGAUUUCAUUCAAUCAAGUUCCUUCGACUAAGGCGUGUGCCGCAUUCGAUUUCUGCCAUAUCUAGCGGGAUCUAUAGGCGGAGUUUCAGUCGAGGUCUUGAGUACAGAACUCUUCGGCAUCACCAGCUUUCUCGUGGUAUUCACCAGAUAUAACAUUCCUCUGUCUCGUCUCGCCAAAUCGGACUUUUUGACGCCCCAUGUCGUCGAAAGUCGCUCAACAUUUUGUCUCUGUAUCUAAUAGCUCACCAAGAUAGCGACUUAAUCCAUGCUCUCAGGACCCAUUUUUUGCAUUAGGUUUCAGAAAAAGUCGGACACCAUCUUCAUUUCUCUUUAUAAAGCAUUUUCUCACGUGUUUACCCACUUAAACCUUAGGAAACAUAUGAGAAACGGCGCGAAUUGCAGCGAAAGGAACUGAAACAGAAGGAAGAAGAAAUGCGUCAGAUGUUUGUUCAACGUGUUAAGGAUAAAGAGCAAGUCUUAAAGGAGUCGGAACGCGAGGUUAGUGUGCUUUUCAUUAAUUUCGUUACCUGUGUCCGUCCACGUUGUUGUGCAUGUUUCUUACUGCCACUCAAACGGUAGUACGAAAUCGGCAGCGGCUGCAGACUUGCCCACUAUCGUGCAGUACUAUCAUUUUCAUGAAAAGUCAGUCUGAGGUUGAGAUUACGCAUCGUCCUCAAGUAAGAUGUGACACGGGCAGCCUUGCCGCCAUAUUUUCCCUUUAUCUGUCAAGGAUGUUUAAAUUAGUGCAUUUACAGUCUUGGUGAGCAUUGUCUUGGGGGUGCGAAAGUCAGAAUGCAGUAACAAUUCGGUUCAUCCGAUCACCCACAUGAUGAUGGUUGAACUAUAACUGCGUUGAAGUAGGUUGUCGGAUGAUAGAUGAGAUUGGUUUGUCAUUUGAGUGCGUCUCUUACGUCGGAUCCUUUUUUACCAGUGAUGCAAUGAAGGUUUUUGAAUAGCGACCUAGUCUCCCCAUUUGUCCACGCCGGCUGUAAGGGACAGCCGUGGCAGGGGACACCUGCUCUUGAAGCUUCUCCAAUGAGGGACAUGCUUACUGACCGAUCCAUGGGUGUAGGUGUCGUAAUUAAUCUCUAGUUCUGUACAGAAUUAUAACCAACCCCUCCUUGUCUGACAGAGGGGUCAAGUGUUUGACUUGUUCUUGUUUGACUGUGUAAAUGGAAUUAAUCCUUUAUCAUCGUUUCAUGCAUCCCGGGUCCCUUUUAAUUACAUUUCACUCCUAUCUCUGCACAGUCGUAUCUCAGAAUUAACAGGUUCUGUUGGGAUAGCCCUCAUCCUCUCCGUCUAUGGGGCCCUUUAAUAAGGGCUGUGCCAUACCGAACCGUUGCUCGAUGCAACUCUUGAGCACUUGAGUUUUGUGGGAUUUUUCAGUUAGGUCGUCAUACACUCACUGCUCAGUGCCAGUAGGCAGUGGAUCUGCCGAGUUACCGCACAACCUGUGUCUUGCAUUAAGCCAGUUAGAUCCAAACGACCUUCCUUCGACUCUGUUAAAACCGCUGCAGUCGGCGCGAAGUCAGCCGGACAGGGGAUCCUCUGACAAGGACAGCUCUUUUGAAAAAACGACUAUUCUGGGUAUCAGUGCGCCGUUUUUUCUACCGUUGCCUGCGUGCGUUUGCAUCACAGACGUUCCAGCAGGCACCUGUCUAACACCUAUGAGGGGGACUGUUAUUCAAUGGUGGAUCUGUUUUAGUAUAGCCAAGACCCCGAUUCUGUCAGUCGGCCCCGUAAUCUAGGUCUUAGGGUUCCCUUCUCUCCGAUUAUCUUUCGAAACGGUUAGAAUGUUAGUUGAAAACUAGUAUACAUUCCAAGCUUACGCGCUGUGGAAAGACUUUGUCAUUGACUACUUUACAUAGCCGGCCACGUGCCGCACCUGCAUAAGGGUGGCUGUCUGGGAUUUAUCCUCCCAGAACUUAGUUCUUCUUAGGGACGACGUUGAUUUGGCUAAUUGCCAUAAUUGCCUGCGCUUAUCUCCCGUGGCACUUAAACUGCAUGGCAGCGGUAACAAAAGAACCUCUUGUCAGCAGUUCACGGUCACGCCAUAUUGCCAUCAUCGGAUGCUUGCUGUGUGUCAGACCUCAGUCCUCGCUGCCGCUGCUGGUCACUAUUGCUUAUUAUCCAAACACACCAGCCUAUUCCGCAUCUAGCCGUCACUGCAGACCCUCCCACUUUUCUCCACUCGUGUGCACGCAGACCAGCCAAGAACUGUGUUACCAGGCAGAUGCCUCCCCUCCGGAGUGGUUAACUGAAGACGUGAACGAAAGCCGACCUUUAGAGCAGUUGUAGCCCCACCCCCUAUGCUGCACCGCAGACUGACCGACCGGUGGAUGGGGAAGAUAGUUAUUCGAGAUGUGCUUAUUUUAACAACCCAUUCUAGACUAUGAUGUAAGUAUGGAUGGGAAGGGACGCUGCGUCUAGGCUUCACGGUCGACCUUUUCAACUUGUCUUGCGUGUAUCAUAACCUGAACGUUAGUUUUUUACUCUCUCACCACGCCGCUUAGCCUAACAGAAUAGUAAUUUUGCGAUAAAUUCGGCGACCUAACGCGGAAAAUUGCUUUGAAGUUUCGAGAACCGCGCAUUUAUUGGUGUUGACUCUCCAGGGGAAGAAAUUUGUCCACAAGGUAUUUGGCCUCUUAGUUAUUUCGAAAGGAAAGUUGUAAUCCACUGUGUAUAACCAGUUGAUAUUCUCUCCAUUUUAUAAAUCUCUUCUUGGUCUGCAGCUGCAAGCGAAGUUUGACGCCAUCAAGAAACAGCACGCUGAAGAAAAGAAGAAACUAGAGGAGAAGCGCAGGAUCUUGGCUGAAGAAAUGGCGGCCUUUGAGCGCCGAAAGCAGCUGGCGGAACAGGCCAAGCAAGGCAACUUGACAAUGAAGAAAAAGAAGUAA